AUUGCGAAAGCUGUGCGUUCUUCGCAUCCUCUGUUAUUUGCGGAGUUGGAUCUGCCUUUGACCGAGGACCAAUGGUGCAAAGCGGAAUUCGUAAAUGCGAACGCUUUGGCGGAUUGCGCCACACAUUUUUCCGAGUUUGGGCUUGACAAACUUUUGGCACGACGGGAAUUAGUCUGGAAACUUAGGGAAACCACGGUGUGGAAAGGUUUUGUUGUUAGAGUUCACGGAGGGCCUUUCGGAAUAUUGCCCUUUUCUGUGCCUUCGGCUCUGGCUGGCCUCGCUGCUGUCAAGUCGGGAAUGUCGAGAGACGGAGUCAGAGAAACCAUUGCCUUGGAGAAAGUUGCUUGUAAUUUCCUUUUGGAAAAUCCGCAAGAGACAAUAAAACAUCUGGAGAGGAAGGGUUCUCAUUUGCCAAAAAAGCCGCGAGCUUGUCAUCCGUUUCACGGGACUCAAACAAUCGCGGAUUUCACUCAGGCCAUUCGGCUGAUCAAAUCUCACGAGGUGUCUUGUGUUCGCGGAACUGCAAGUCGUGGUGUCACGCACGGAUUAUUUUUCAAUGCUCGGAAUUCCGAGGCAGUUUGCGCAGAUUUAUCCUUGCAAACGUGCCGAAUGGAACAGGCAGUUUCGCGAGACUUAAAGAAAUGGCACGAACGCGCAGUAGUGGAAAACUGGGCAGCGUUUGCGUUCAAAGUGGCUACGAUCAAAUGUCCGCUCGUGUUUGUAGAUUGAGUGCGAUGACUUUCUUAUUUCAAAAGAGUUUAUCCCCGUCAAUUUUCGUUUCUUGCGUUUUUCUUUCGUCUUUUGUCAUUUCAAGCGAUUUUCGAAUGUGAUUCGGACGCUUUUGAUAGUACAGUACUUAUAAACCCACAUACUGUAUAUUUAUAUGCGUGAUACACGUACUUUCUGAAGGAUAAUAGAUAAUUCCCAAAAGACGAA